CCCAUUUUUCAGUGUAAAUUUUUACAAUUUAAAUACAAUAAAUAUAUCAGCAUUCAAAAUGAAUCCUAAAACUGUCACCUUGCUAAAAGCUGGUACCUCCUGCAAGCAAGAAAGGAGUUUGGAAUCAAUUUCAACAUUAUUUGACAUCAUCUUUCAGUGGGAAUGGAAAAGACCAACCAAAGAUUUCAAAACCUAUGUGGAUCAAGCUUGCAGGGCUGCAGAUGAAUUUGUCAACAUCUAUUAUGAGACCAUGGAUAAAAGAAGAAGGGCUUUAACAAGACUUUAUUUGGACAAAGCAACGUUAGUUUGGAAUGGUAAUGCAGUGUCCGGCCAAGAAGAACUGAAUAAAUUUUUUGAAAUGUUGCCAUCUAGUGAAUUCCAGGUUAAUAUGUUGGACUGCCAGCCUGUUCACGAGCAAGCUACUCAAGGCCAGACAACAGUCCUCGUGGUGACAAGCGGGACAGUAAAAUUUGAUGGUGACAAGCAACGCUACUUCAAUCAGAACUUCUUGCUGACAGCACAAGCCACACCUACCAACACAGUGUGGAAGAUCGCCAGUGACUGUUUCCGCUUUCAGGACUGGGCCAGUUAGCAAGGAUCGGCUGCGGGAAGUGACCUCUCUCAUUCGACAAGUUGAAGUUAGCUGUAGAGACAGCCGUUCCCCACGCCUGGGAAAUGCUCACUCUGUGUUUGCAGCUGUCAUUAUGGAAGGUCUACAGAUGUUUCGGGGUUGAUCCCAAUGACCAUGGGUUUAGUGGUAGGAAACAAUCUUAAAAUGUGAGAGGUUGCUCAUGUUAAUUGAACCUAAUAAAAUGCUGAAGGCAGUGAGCUGUGUUGGAAUCAUUCCUAAAAUGCCUUACGUGCAGCUAUGCACUUCCAGACUUCUUGUAUGUAAUGCUGAAACUCUACUAUUUGAACACAAAAUCUUCUUAAUGUACAAUUCUGACCAAACGUGUAAUUUUUCCAACUUGAAACGAUCUGUUUUUACAGUAGCAUCUUCCCUCUUUAGAAGAAGAUGCUUGUGGCAUGUAGAUAGAAUUCUAAAAGCUACCUACUCUUGGUUGUAAGAGGCUAGGAAGGAUUGACAAUGAUUUCUACUGUUUGUGAAAGUAGCAAAUAUAGCUCCUGAGUGUGUAGUCUUUCAAAUAAUCCAUUGGAGAGCUAGCGUUACCUUCUCUGAUACGAAAGGACUAAAUAAUCUCAUCAGGUUUCCUUUUGGCUUAAGCUUCUCAGACACUGGUUGUAGUUAAUUUACACUGAUUCGUAUGUAGGGCAUGCUGAAUGAUUCAGAGCUCCUAUGCCAACAGCUCUGUCACAUGCAUGUGAAGGACUUCAAACUGAUUAUUUUUCUUUUGAAGUCCUACAGUGUAAGAAAUGUUAUGUCAUUGCUGUUUGCUUUAACUGUUAAUUCUGUUGCUAUGAAGUUUGGACUAUUUUUCCCAUAUUCAAUCUGCAAGUUUUGAAUCCCUGCUGUCUUUUCAGGAUCGUUGUAAAAGAAGUGGCACUGAAAGUGUGUAUUACUGUGAAGCCUUCAAUUUUUCUCUUCAGUACUGUUAUUCAGAACAGGUGCUUUGAUUAUUUUCAACUUGGAACAGCUCCGAACACAAAUACCAUCUUCCUCAUGCAGAUUUUUACUGUAGUUUUCAUGUUGUCUUUAAAUAUUACCUUUAAUUACUGAUUCUGGCUUUUUUGUGUGCCUUCCUUUAAAUUUGCAGUUUAAAGCUUUCAGCUACUUUAAAACGGUUUUCAAGGCUACAGGUUAAGGCUGUACAUCUUAACUCAGGAACUUAAGAGUAAAUCUGAGUAUCAACAGAUUUGUUUCAAACUGGCACAUUCCUAUUUUAAGCCGAGUAAAAAAAAAAAAAAAAUCAAAAAGUUAGCUA